AUGGUCACAAACGCAGUAGAAUUAGCCGAAUCAAAUUACGAUAGAGAAAGUGAAUUGAAGGCUUUAGAUGAAUCAAAGACCGGCGUCAAAGGACUAGUAGAUGCUGGUAACUUGGUGAAGAUCCCAAGAAUCUUCAUCCACGAACAACAAAGGCUCCACAAGUACACUACUCAUGGUGGGUCUAAAUUCAGCAUCCCGGUGGUCGAUUUACGAGGCAUAAUAGACGAGGGAGAUACGAAUCUUCGUCGUCGAAUUGUCGAUCAAGUUCGAGACGCUUGCGAGAAAUGGGGAUUCUUUCAGGUGGUGAAUCAUGGAAUUCCUGUGAGUGUUUUGGAUAACAUGAUUGAUGGGGUACGUGCAUUUCAUGAACAAGAUCCUGGGGUGAAGAAAACAUUCUAUACACGAGAUUUUACGAACAAGAAGGUUGUGUACAAUACGAAUUUCGAUCUGUAUCGAGCUCCGGCGACUCAAUGGAGGGAUACUUUGACAUGUGUUGUGGCUCCUCGCCUACCAGAUCCUCAAGAGUUGCCUGCUGUGUGUAGGGAUAUUACGUUGGACUACACAGACAGAAUAAUGAAACUUGGGCAUAUUCUGUUCCAGUUACUGUCUGAAGCUCUUGGAUUGAACCUCAACUACCUCAAAGAUAUUGGUUGCACAGAGGGUCUUUAUUUGCAGGGUCAAUACUAUCCACCAUGCCCUCAACCAGAACUGACUUUGGGAACAAGCGAACAUGCUGACAGUGGCUUCCUCACUGUUCUCUUACAAGACCAACUAGGCGGUCUCCAAGUCCUCCAUGAAAACCAGUGGGUCAAUGUUACACCUAUUCAUGGAGCUCUAGUCAUUAAUGUUGGAGAUCUUUUUCAGCUAAUUUCCAACGACAAGUUUUCAAGUGUCAUCCACAGAGUAUUGGCGAAUAAUAUCGGUCCAAGAAUUUCAGUAGCUUGUUUCUUUAGAACACAGCUUCCACCAGAAAAUAGCGCAAGAAUUUACGGUCCUAUUAAGGAGUUACUCUCAGAUGAAAAUCCACCGAUUUACAGAGAAACUACCAUCAAGGAUUUUGUUUCCCACUUUUUCAAUAAGGGACUCGAUGGGAUCUCUGCGCUUCAAUAUCUUAAACUAUGA